CUUUCUGAAAGCCUGUAUUUAGAGGGAGGACAAUCAAGUAAACUUGAUUCAUUCUCCCUAAACCCUAAAUUUGGUUCAUUCUCCCGACCAAAUAUUAAACAUGGGAAACUGUGGUAGCAAUCCUAAGACCGAUGAGGGUCCUUUGGACAUUCCUAAGCCUGUGACCCGAGAGGUUCAGCUUGAAAAUAAGGAGAGUGAAGCAAAUGUUGACACCAAGACUGAGGAAACCCUAACUGACGCAGAGAAUAAGUCUCUAAGAACCUUGCUUGAUGAGAAAGAAAAAGAGGCACAGAAGACAGAGGAAGUAAAGGCUGAAGCAAAGGCAGAAGAAGCUCAAAGUGGGGUGGCAAAGGUUGAAGAAGAGAAGCCAAAAGCAGAAGUGACAAAGAUUGAGGCCUAAAGAUGAACAAUAGCGUGCAUGCUUGCCUUAUAUUUUUAAUACACAAAUUUCUUCUCUUUAUGUUCAAUGGUCAACAAAAAUUCACUACAUCUUUUGUCUAAAUUGGCCAUAUGGAUUUUGGCUUCUUCGUUUAAUAUAAAAAAAAUUAAAAAUAAAUAAGGUUUACGUGGAUUAAGUUGGCGUUAACCUUAUUUAUUUUUAAUAUUUUUUUUUAUUUAAAUUGGUGUCAAUUUAGUGGACGCUAAAUAAGAUUAUCGUUAGUCUCAGGUUAGCCCACAUUAUUAGUGUUUGUCAGCAGUGGUCGAUGCUACUAUUUUAGCUUCCACCUUUUGAGUGUUUCUAUCUUUUCAUACGCAAAGUCGACACUUUGGCGUUGGUUUUUCUUUAGUUGUAUUGGCUUUUGGCCGACUCUAAUAUUAAUUUUCUUGUAGUGACAUGGAUAAAUUUUUUUGUAUCUUCUCUUUUACUUGUCAA